UAUAGAGCGAACAUGGCUGCGUCCACAGGACCGGGAGGACCAUCGGCCUCCAGUCCGCCUGGGUUCGAAGGUUUUUCGCUUGGAAUGACCGGCAGACCACCGGAGGACAGCUCCGGUAGAGAGCAGGAGCAGAAGGAGGCGAAGAAGAAGCCAUGCAGGGCUUGUACGGACUUUAAAACGUGGAUGAAGCUCCAGAAGAAACAGGCGACAGCUGCUGCGCAGGAGACCCAAGCUGCAGAGCCACAACAAGACCCCCAGUGUCCACUGGACAGGGAAGAGCUGGGCCGUAACACCUGGUCCUUCCUGCACACCGUGGCAGCAUAUUACCCUGAUCAUCCAUCUUCCACCCAGCAGCAAGAGAUGGGGCAGUUCAUCAACCUUUUCUCCAAAUUCUUCCCUUGUGACGAAUGUGCAGAAGACCUCAGGGGCAGACUAAAAACCAAUCAGCCAGACACCAGCAGUCGCCAUGCUUUCUCUCAGUGGCUGUGUCACCUUCAUAAUGACAUCAACAUCCGACUGGGCAAGCCUGAGUUUGACUGCUCCCAUGUGGAUGAGAGGUGGAGAGAUGGAUGGAAAGAUGGCUCCUGUGACUGAGGGACUGUGUCAGGGUGCUGCUGAGAGAUGUGAGGCCUGAGCUGAGACCGGAGAGGAAGACGUCCUCCUGUCAGUCCAAGGCGUGGAGCUCACCUCUGUUGAGAAGAGGAAUGUCCUGUGAUGACAGAUGUGUUGUAAAUGUCAAACAGCUCCUGUUGAGUGGUUAGUUAUAUAACUGAUAUGGUAAUAAAAAAAUAAGGAUACAAAAUGACACAAA